AUCCUCCUUUAAAAUGAUCUCUUCUAUUUCAAAUUAGGGUUUUAAGAGCUCAUUUUUUAUCUGUUUAAAACCUUUCGAAAAAGAGGGAAAAGAAAAAAGCGGUCGAGAUUUUCACAGCCAUGGCGAGCACCAAAGUACAGAGGAUUAUGACCCAACCCAUCAACCUGAUCUUCAGGUUUCUCCAAAGUAAAGCUCGCAUUCAGAUUUGGCUUUUCGAGCAGAAAGAUUUGAGGAUUGAAGGCCGAAUCAUUGGUUUUGACGAGUACAUGAAUUUAGUUCUUGAUGAUGCUGAAGAAGUUAACGUCAAGAAGAAAAGCCGAAAGUCAUUAGGAAGGAUUCUUCUUAAAGGAGACAACAUUACUCUUAUGAUGAAUAGUGGAAAAUGAUUGUAGAUCCAGCAGUUAUUUGGACUCGUGAAUGCAAGAUCUUCUUGUCAUCGUAUAGGUCAAUCUACUAUGACAAUAUUGUGCUAUCUUUAAAAACAUGCCUUCGUGUUAGAACAUUCACCUUCUAGGAGGUGCUUCUAGUAUUUCGGACAGUUUACUGAUGCUUUUGCUUAGAUUAACUAAUGAUUUGACAUGUAUGAUUCUGCCCUUUGAUCUGCACUAUAAGAUUUCUGAUUAAGUCGGCAUAAAAAACCCUUAUUUAC